AGGGCAAUCAUAUAAAGAUAUGCAAGCACAGAACCAGUGUUUGUUGCAGCAGUUGGCUGAGAGGGUUGAUUAUAACAUUAAGCUUGUUUCUGAGAUUAUGAAGAUGAAGCAGGCACAGAGGUUUUUACUUUCUGAAAAAGCAGGUAUUGUCGGGGCAAUCUCAGCAGGGAAGUGCAACAGUGGUAUCUCUAAAGUUGGAGAUUGCUGACUGUGAGGAGCAGAUUAAAGCUUGCAUUGCUGAAGCCUUGAGGUCUACUAAAGAAGAUAGAUGCCUUGCAGUGAAUUCCAAAAACUGUGGAGUGGGAGUUGGCAGAUGCUGAGAAGGAAUUGAAGUGAAAUCUACAGUUUCUUCCUCUGAGAAGGAAAUAUAAGCAAUUGCAGAGAAAGAAGGUUGAUGACCGAAUGGAGUAGGACAAAGGAAAGAAGUGAGGUACAAGAUUAAAGAAGAGUUGAAGGAGGUGAAUAAGAAGGUUGCUGAAAUGAGUUCCGAAAUUUGAGAAGGUGCAGUACAGAAACUGGAGAACGAAAUCAAGGAGUGCUAGGCUAUCCUCAAGUGUGGAGUAUGUUUUGAUCAGCCAAAGGAGAUUUGGAAAUUGGUGUUGAUCAUUCGGGUUUACCCAAGCGGGUUGAAGACUUGUAAUGCAGACAAGCAGUCUGACUGAGAGAGACCAUUAUCAUUUGGCUGGCUGUUCCCUUAAUUCUCUCAUUGGAUGCAGCAAUAUGCCAACAUUAAACCAAGACGAGGAUCAUUUCUGGCCAAAAUCUGAUGAUUUUUCUGGUAUGAUCUUUCUUCUCUCAGAAGAUCUUCUAUCUUUUCCUCCCCUUCUUCCAGCAAAUCUUUCUUCCCUUCUCUUACACCUGGACCAGAGAUACUGAUCGAAUGAGUCCCCAACCUUCUUUUCUACUAUGGAUGUAUGUUCUUUUUUUAUUUGAUUUGUUUUGAUGAUUAUGAUUGUUCUAAAAGUGCCACUUAACAUCUUACUGAAGAUUAGUUUUCUUUAUUUGAUUGUUUUUUGUGAAAAUAAAAAUUUGAUUGCAUUACCUAGAGAGUACAGUUACUGGUCCUUUUCUUUGCGUUUUUUUUGUGUGAAUUUUUUUGAUUGUUUCUUCUAAAAGAGGAAAAAAUAAAAAGAGAAAUCAAUUCCAUCAAUUGGUUCUCUCAUGUAAAAAAACCUGAUUGUUAGUCUGUUACUACAAUGUUACAUUUUAUUGGGAUCAUUGUUUCAGUACUUUUCCUAAAGAUCCUUUGAAGACUGAACUAGAAAUUCUAGAUAAAUUAAUUUUCAGAGAUGCCAUAAUAGAAAUUGAGAUUGUCAUUCUCUAAUGAAUUUAUAACCAAUAAUAUGAUACAAGACGACCCUUUUUCUUUAAGGUUUAGACAAUUAAAUAAAAUCCACUUUGAAAUUGGUAAGAUGAUUAUAGUCUAGGUGAAGAUAUAGUAACCUUAGUGGGCCUGCAUAUCCUGCAUUAUGUCGGCCCUAGGAAAAUUAAGGGGCUAUGUAGGGCCCAUUAGGUUAACUCUCUAAAGGGUUUAUGUAUGCAUUAUAAAAGGGGUCGAAGGUGCCCAUUUGCUUCUACCGUCUCUCUCUCUCUCUCUCCCCCUAAAGGGUUAUGUAAGCAUCGUAAAGGGGUCGAAGGUGCCCGUUUCCUUCUACUCUCUUCUCUCUCCAAGCAUGCCCUCGUUCUCUCUCUAGCAAACAUCAAAAGCCCUAGUUUCUCUGUAUUCUCUACCUUCAAGCAAAGGUAUAAGGAGGGUUGAAGGCUGAAUCUCCUCAGCAUCAAGAGGAAAAGGCAGUACAUUGAUAAUUGCCAGAGGUUUCUAGUUAAGCAGGUUUUAAUUCCCACUGGUUUAUUGAUUCUUUGUUCUGUCUCUCUCUCUCUUCUUUCAGUUUUUGCUGGUUUUCUGAACAUGCUUAAUGUGUAAACUACUAAAACCUUAGAUUCAAGAUCCUUUCUUCCUUGUUUUUGACCAUUGUAACCCUCCAUCAAUACUACCCCUCUUUAUUAUUGAACUCCCUCCUGGCCAACCCUAGUUCGCUAGAACCCUAGUUGAGGUCCAUUUUCCCCUUUGUUUGAGCUUUAUUGCUAAUGUAGAAAGUUUGCGACCUAAGGCCUUCACCUCUCAACUUUCCUUUCUAUUUGGUCUCCAUAAUUGGUGUUUGGCCAAUGAAGUUGUUGGAAAUUGAAUUUCUAGCCACUAUCGAAGCCCCAACAUCCUAUCUCAAUAUAGGCCCUAAUCUUAAGGCGAUCAAAAGGUCAAGAAAGCCAAUUUUGAAUGGUCCUAGAACUUAGGUGUCCAAUCAAUUGAACAUUAUCAAGAAUGGGGAUAAAAUAUCCCUAAUCAGGAUAGGAUAACCUAUAACGGCAAGUAUAUUUUGUCCAAGGAUGUGUAUGCCAUAGUCUAGGAAAUUGGCCUAUGGAUGAUUGGUUAUGUAUUUGUAGGAAUGUGUUGGAGUGAAAUAAGGAGAAAUGGGUGAAUAGUGACAUUGGGGUCAAUUAGGCAAAGUAGAACUAGUAAUUGACAAGAUUUGACUAUGGAGAUGAUUGUGAGGACUAGGAUAGGCUAAGUAGCUGGCAGUCAACCAAAAACUAAUACCAUUAUAUUCUGAUUUUUAGCUUAUUCUUCAUUCGUAGCGACACUAAUUAAUACCAUUGUAUAAUCCUCAAAUAUUUUCCAAAAAUUGAUACCAUUAUUUUCCACAUUAAGUAGGUGGUUAGGUUUUUUUUUUUGAAAAAAGUGAGCUCAAUAUAUUAAUGAAAGUAUAGAAGAUGUACAUCAAAGACACGGAACAAGAGAGUUCCAAACAAAACUAUAUCGACCAAACACCCCCCCCCCCCCAACACAAGCCAUUAGGGGACAAUGGCAACCCAAAACUGACAUUAAAGCCAACAAGCCUAGAAGAGGGAGAAGAACUUAGCAGCCCAGAGUAGAGGCUGACAUGAUAACCUGAUCCUGAUCCACUGAGUAGGGGAAAGAUGGCUCCACAGCCCUCACCCAAGCGACCAAUCUAGCAAGCACCGAGUUAAAGAUAUCAACUGCACUUGACCCUCGAUUUUUGAAAAUUAGCCUAUUCUGCUUCAGCCACAUUGUCUAUAGCGCUGAAUAAAAUAGAGACUUCCAUACCUUUCUUUGAACUUUACCCCGAGCAAAGAAAUCCCACUGCUCAAAAAGGCCCCCAACCGAUCUCGAACAAACCCACUCAAAGCCCCACCAACUAAAGAUUUGCUGCCACAAGCACAAAACAGUCUCACAAUGGACGAAGAGGUAGUCCAUAGACUCCGGCGCAGAGCCACAAAAGACGCAAAGUAGGUGGUUAGUUGAUUGGCUUGCUCAACUACUGAUUCCAUUCACUUCAUAGUCUAUGGCUAAGUUGACUUCUAGUUGAUUCCUGACACUGCAAACUACACUUCUGUGAACCAACUUCAUACAUCAGUUGACUUCCCUUUGAUUAGUUGACCACACAAUUUAUUGGUUUGGUAACUAUUAACUCCAUAUAUUGAAUAGUCUAUGGCUAAGUCGACUUUUAUUCAACUCUUGAAACUAAAAACAAUAGAUGAGAUGUCAUUGGCAUGGAAUAUAGUCUACUAGACAAGGAAAUAGUUGAAUCUGAUUAGUAUUUUUGGGAAUUUUUUUGUAUAAAUAGCAUUAUUUUGGGGAAAAUAACAUUGUGUAGCAUCUAUCAUAGAACCAACGAGAAAGGCAUAAGCCUUGGGGAAAGCCCUUAUUGCAAAUGAAAAUCCUCAAAUUGUUUUCAUAAUGUUCUUAAUUCUUAUUAUUAGCCAUCAAUUAGGAAGGUAUUGUUUCUCUAAUAAUUUAUCAAGAUGAUAAAAUAAUUUUUGGACAAUAGUUUUCCUUUUUGUUUCGUUUCCAUAACUUGGGAUUAUCUGAUGCUAUCUUCCAGCUAUCUAGGAUUGAUGAUUUGAUGAUUGUUCUUCUGCAUGAUGUGAUCGAUGUCCUUCCAAAUGAGACAGGGAAAUUUUCUUUUCUUGUUUUAUAACUUGGGAUAUUGAAUACUAUCAUCCAAUUACCAAUGAUUGAUGACUUGAUGGUAAUGGAGGUUGUCUGGUUGCAUAGGUGAUUGCUGUUCUUUUAUUGAAGCAGAAAGAUUACACAUAAGGAUAUAAUUAUAAACAAAUUUUCAUUGCCAUUCAUAAGAUCAAUCUGAGACAAUUCCAUAGGCUUUGAGAUAUAUUUUCAACAUUUUUGUUAGUAGGCAUAUACCUCUGCACACACACGCACAUAUAAGUUGUACUACGUAUAUUUAUAUAUAAAUUUGAUGAAUGCCAUGUAACAUAAAAAUCUACAGAUACAAGUUUACAACUUUUAUAUGUAUAUAGAUAUAUGUUUGAUGAGCAAUACUUAGACCACUACCUUAACCUGCUUCUUGUGAAUGCCUUGUGUUGAUUUAUCUUUCUUUAUAUAUUAUCUUUUUCUCUAUCCUAAAUUUAACCAAACAAGGGCACGGCCUGACUUCAAAAAUCUAGGAGAGAACUAGUUAAUCUGAAAAUGCAGAAGGAUGUGGCAUCUAGUUCUGGGGUUCAUACCUCUGUUGUUGGGGAAGCAAGUAGAAGCUUGUCAACUGAAACAAUAUCUGGUACGACAAUAUGUUUGUCAGAAUUGAAGGAUUCCAUUGAGGGGACUAAGAUUCUGGCAGCAAACCGUCUAUCUGAGCUGCAAGAUGCACAGCAGAAAAAUGUAAUGCUUUUUAAGCAGCUGCAAGAGCAUCAGGUUGAGAUGAAGGACAAGAAGUAUGUUUAUUCAUCCCAUUUAUAUAAUUUGUUGGAUGAUCAGUUCCUGCAUUGGAAUUUCCAAGUAGAAAACUAUAAAGAACUCAUAGACUCCCUACAGGCUGACAGGUCUUCCAUAGUCAGAAAGGAAAAGGAACUGAGUACAAAAGCAGAAUCAUGGCAUGCUGCUCUGAACGAUUCCAUCAAUUCUGAAUCUAUUAUUAACGAACUAAAGCUUCAAUUGCAGAAUUGCAUUAUUAGAAAAAAUAACAUGGAGAUUAAAAUGGAAGAAGCUGUGCAAGAGUCAAGUGGAAAAGACAUAGAAGCAGAAAUUCAUGUGAUGACCUCAAUUUUGUCCAAAGAAUUAGGGAUGAUGGAAGCUCAGCUGGAGAUUUGGAAAGAAACAGCUUAUGAAGCCAUUUCUUUAAGAGAAAAAGUCCAAUCACUCAAAGUUAUGUUGUCUGAGCAGAUUGAUGAAGAGAAGAGCUUGGUAGAUACAUGUUCCCAACAGGAUGCAAAGAUUAAAUCCUUAAAAGCACUUAUAGAGAAGAUGCAAAAGAAAAAACUAGAAUCACAAAUGCUACUGGACAUGGUGGGGCAGCAAAUACAUGACAACAGAGAUGAAAUGGAAAUCAAGGAAUCAGAACAGGGAGCUCCCUCACAAGCCAAACAUUUGCCAAAUGCUCUGGCUGAACAUGCUCUGGAAUUGAGACUAAAAGAAGCCAAUGAAGCUAAGGCUGCUAGGCAAAGAAGUCUUUCUGCUGCUGAAGCUGAAAUAGCUCGUCUAAGGGCCGAGUUGGAUGCUUCUGACAGAGAUGUUUUAGAGCUGAAGGAGGCUAUUCAAAUUAAAGACAAUGAGAGAGAUGCUUAUGUUUCUGAAAUUGAGACUAUGGGUAAAGCAUAUGAAGAUAUGCGGACGCAGAACCAACACUUGUUGCAGUUUGUGAGCCAGAGGGAAGAUUAUAACAACAAGUUGGUUUCUGAGAUUGUUAAAAUAGAGCAAGAGAGAAAUCUUUUGAACUCUGAAAGGCACACUUUAUCUGAAGAUUUUCAACAAGUUCAUGCAGCACUAGAGUCGUUGAAGUUGAGGACUGUUUCCACUGACCACCAGGUGAAAGCUUGCAUUCUUGAAGAAGUAAAAUCCGCAAAAGAAGAAUUAAACCUUGCAGUUAAUCUGCAAGCUGCAGUGUGGAAAUUGGAUGAUGCAGAGAAGGAAGUGAAAUGGCUUAAAUCUGCUGUCUCUUCUUAUGAAAAUGAAUACGAGCAGAUACAAAGAAAAAUUGACGAAACCCGAAUGGAGUUGGAAAGGGAAAGAUGUGAAAGGAAAAAGCUUGAUGAAGAGCUGAAGGAGGUAAACAGUGAAGUUGCUAAAAUGAGUCUCGAAGCUAGAGAGGCUACAAUACAGAAACUCUGCGAUGAAAUCAAGGACUUCAAGGCUAAGCUCUUGUGUGGCGUGUGUCUUACUCGGCCAAAGGAGGCCGUUAUUCUCAAGUGCGGUCAUCUGUUUUGCAAUCCCUGUCUUCAAAGUCUUCUAGAGACGUGGGGCUGCAAGUGCCCUGAUUGUGGAACUGAAUUUGAGACAAAUGAUGUCCGAUAUGCGAAGAUGUGUGAUGGAGGAGUCAAAAAGAGAUUUUCUGGCAAACAUUACUACAGGCGUAAGAAAAGGAAUCAGCGCAAAUAGCUUGCCUUUGAUGUAUUUGAUGUAUUGGGCACUGUUGCCACCCAACUGAACGCUGUAAACCAACCACCCUGAAGCCUAUGAUAUAUUCUGUCUUUUCAUGGAUUAUGAUGCAUUGGUUUUUGCAUUUAGAAAGGACAAUUGAUUUCUUUA